ACUAAGCAAAUCUCACCAUCACAGCAACCCUAAACUUAUAUAUAAAACCUCUCAUUCUUAAUCUUUCUUCUUCAUAUUAUUAAUAUUUAUGUUCAUAUUUUCUUUAAUUUUCUUCUAAUAUGACCAAUAUACCCACUUCUCUCAUAGAUUCUUCUCUUUCCCUCUUCAAACUUGCCAUUUCUGCUUCUGAUCCUUGGCCUUUCUCUAUCGUUUGCUUGUAAUCUUUGCCCUAAACCCUAGAUUUCUUCACACGCAAGCAAUCUUUUCUUUUUCUUGUUUCUUGAGUUUUUUUUAGGGUUUUGUUGAGAUAUGGGUAGUGGAGACAAGAACCACUUGAAUUUUCAUAUCCACUUACCGCACCUUCAUCAUCAUCAUCAUCAAAGCAAGAAAGAACUGAAAGAUAUUCCGAAAGGGUGCUUAGCGAUCUUGGUAGGGCAAGGUGAGGAGCAGCAUAGGUUUGUAAUUCCUGUGAUUUAUAUUAAUCAUCCACUUUUCAUGGAGUUAUUGAAAGAAGCUGAGGAGGAGUAUGGAUUUGAUCAGAAAGGUCCCAUUACGAUCCCGUGCCAUGUCGAGGAGUUUCGGAAUGUUCAAGGCAUGAUCGAUAAGGAGAAUUCGUAUCAAGAUCAUCAGCAGCACCACCACCACCACCAUCAUGUUUUGUGCUUUAGGGUUUGAUAAUAUUAUAUCUUGUGAUUGUGUAAAAUUAAGUUUGUUGAUUCUUGUUUAAUCAAUAAUUGAUUUUUCAAUUAUUUUACACCCAAUGUGUUGUGUAAUAAUGAGUGAUAUUCAUUGUACACCAUGAUGAGUUGAAAAAAUAUAAAAAGUUUGAUUCUUUUUCUCUUUA